GGAGUAUCGAAUCGACACCGUUGUGCUCGGAUCACCUCCUCUGUUCCGUGCAGAGUCCACCGUCAGGAUGGGGCGCUUAUCGGUGCUGCGGCUGUCGAUGGCUUGGGUGGCGCUGGUUAUGCUACUGGCGGCUGCCUAUGCAGCGCCUGUAGGCACACCAAAGGAAGAGCCUGCUCCUCCUGCUCCACAAGACACGCAACCCUCACCGCCUGAUCCAGCCAGCGAAGACUUGCCAGACAUUCACUUGGCCGCAGAUGUCGUCGAUUACGACGAAUAUGAUGAUGAGGAUGAUCAAUAUUACCAAGAGCAGGAGCAGGAGCAGCAAGAGCAGGAGCAGGAGCAGCAGGAGCAGCAGGAGCAGCAAGCGCAAGCCUUGGGGAAUGCCAAGGCCGACCAAGCUCCCGUGCGUGCCGAGCCAAAACCCAAAAAGCUGUGGCCGAGCGUUGAGGAAAUGCGCUUGCUGCGUGUGAAAGAAUUCGACAAGGAGUACGAACGCUACGAGGAAGAAACUGCCGAUCAGCUAGUCAAGGAUCCCAACAUGGCCAAGAGCGUCCUCGAGGCCCUUCGAGCGAACAAGGAUGACAGCGUGGCAGAAAAGGCUGUCGAGGCCCAAGUGGCCCAAAAACUGCAGCGUGGCUUUCGAAGCCGCUUGGAUGAACAGCCUCGGUUAGCAGGACAGGCGCAAGCAAUUUUUUUGGGAAUGCUAAACACCUGUCUAUCUUCCACAGGUACUGGUCUCAUUCGGUGUGCCAUUUCGCAGAAGCGCCAAGUCAUUGAACGGAUGCGCCGCGCCGCCAAGCGCGCCGACAAUACUGAGCCAGAGCGACCCGAUCAAGCCAAGUUUGGCGACAAGGGUGAGGGCUCUCAUAACGAGGCCUUGGUUCGCAACGUGGUUGAGAAGCGUGUGCGCCUCAUGGGCCAACUGGAUGAACGGAGUCGUCAGGCUUUUGUCGAGCACAUGAUGCAGCGUGAACUCGAGUUUCGCGAGCGCAUGAAAGCCACCACCAACGCUGCGGAUCGUCGUCGUUUGAAUGAAGAGCAUCAAAAGGCCUGGGCCGAUCUCAAGAAGCGCCGCGACUUUCAGCCGGGUCACCGCGACCAGCUUCAGGAGGUCUGGGACAACAUUGAUGGCAUGAAAGGCCAGAAGUUCACGCCCAAGGUGGAAGCGCUCGUCAAUGCCGAGGCCACUCGUCUACACACGAUUGAAGAUUUUGUAGAUGAGCAAGCGGUUGCCUAUGAGGCCGUGCGCAUGCGUCAGGCUUUUAUGGCAGAUGUGGAUACUAACAAGGACGACAUGAUCUCUCUGCAAGAAUUUAUGCUGUUUGCAGCCAGCAACAGCUUUGCCGAUAGCAAGAACUGGACGGCCAUUGUGCCGGAGUUUGAUGACGCUUCUCUCGAAAAGUUCCGCGAGCGCGUCGAGGCUUUGAAAGAGGAUCGCGAUGGUGGUGCAGUGCCGCAAGGGGUGGCCGAGACGGCUGACCUUGUGCAAGCCCGCCUGGCAAAGGAGCGCAGCGAUGGUUUUAAGCGACUGCAAAAGAUGCAGGCAGAUCAUCAGGAACGCAUCAAGACGCGUCGCGCUCAAAAAAUGGCUCAUUUGGCGCGCAAGAAGCGGGCUGCACAAGAACCACCGGCCGAGUAAGCCACAGCGUUGGUUGCGUCUGUCAACGGGUCGCUGUCAACGGGUCGCUGCGUGUCGCCACUUUGUUAAACUCGAGCCCUGUGCAGACAAUUGAAAAUAUACACGG